AUGAAUUAAAGUUUACUUCAUCUGAUUGAAAUUGCAAAAAAGCAUAAAAAUAAGUUUGAUGAAUAAUAUUUAGAUGAAAUGAUAGUAUCUAGCAGUUAAAAUGCUUAAAAUGAUCGCUAUUUAAUUUUAUUAUUGAUCAAAAUAUGGAAAAAUAAUAACGAAUUUUUGGGAUAUAGAUUUAAAUAAUGGGUAUAAAAAUAACCUUAAUUUUGCAAUUCUAAACUCCCUCUUGAUUUAUUAAGAAAUGGUUAAGUUCAUGAAUGCAUACAAAAUUUUGAAUAAAAAUUAUCCCGCAAUACAUUUGAAGCAAUAAAAAAACACAAUUUUUUCCCUAAACAUAAUUCAUAAUAAAUUGAAGAAAGUUUCAAACGAGUAAAAGAAAACUUAAAAUAAUAUGAUGAUCCUAUUUUAAAUAAAAUCAAUAAAAUUUUAUAAGGUGAUUUGGAAUCUAUUAUUGAAGAAUCUAAAUAAGAUUGGAUUUCAUUUAUUAUGCUUUAUGUAUAAUUUUGUGAUUAUAAAAUUGUACCUUAAGAAAUGACUGAAAAAUUAAAAUAACUUAAUUUCUCUAUUGAAGAAGAUAAUAGUCUUAUGUAAUUAUUUGGAGAAAUUGUUUUAGAAUCAGAAAAUUUACAAAUUAUUUAUAGUUUACUUCUAUAUGAUAAACCUUUAGCUUAUUUUGUUUAUCUGUAUUUUGAAAAUUAAGGAUAAGAAAAUUUUAGAUCAUAGUAGGAAAUUAAUGUAUUUUAUUGAUUGGCUUAUUUUUUAGAAAAGCAAGUUUUAGUUAAUUAAAACUAUUCUUGAAAAAAUUCCAAAUGAUAUGCAAUUUGAAAAUGAAGUAUUAUAUUUUUUUGAAGAAAUUACGGGAAUAGUUAAGUUUUUAAAAAAUUCAGGGAAUAUAGAUUUUGAAUAAAAAUUUUUUGAUAUUUAAAAGGUUAAAAUAAAAGGUAUUAUUGAUUCUUCAAACAAUUUUAGUAAAAGUAUUAAAUUUUAUUAAAUUUAGUCAUGAAUUUUGUUCAAUAAAUUGAAAAAUUUUAAUAAGGAUAAUUAUCAGAUAUUAUACUUGAAACAUUAUUAUAAAAAUUAUUUAGUCAACACUUAAUACCAUUAGAAAAUAAAGAAAAUGCUUUAAAUAUAAUAAUAGAAAGAUUUCUUCAUGACUAAAAUUUAAUAGAAUCAAUUAAAAAAGAAAUUAACAAUUAAAUAACUAAUCCUUAUUUUGAUGACUUAUUUAAAGAUUUAAUCAAUAAUUUUUAAUUUUAAUAAUAUAGAGGAGAUUUUGAGUAAGAAUUAAUUAAACUGUAAUUUAAAUAUGGAUUAAAAUUGUCUGAUUUAUAAUUAACAAACGAGAUUUAAAAUCCAGAAUUUCUUAUUAUGAAUAUAUCUUAAGAGUUUAUAAGGAAUGUUACUCAAUCUGAUGAUUCAUUUAAAUUAAAAAUGAAGAUAAUUUUGAGUAACUUGUUAGAUUAAUGUGGAAAAACAUAAGAUGAAAAAUUGAAUAAUAGAAAAAAUAUUAUCAGACUCUUAAUAAGGAGAUUGUGA